AUGAUGCCCAGACCUCAGCUCCAUAGCAGCCAGAGCAAGGCCAGAGAUGGCCAGAGGAAGGUCUCCCCGCCUGGUCCAACUUAUAUGUCCAGCGAUCAGUUCGCAACCUAUCUAAAAGAUCUGCGAACUAAUCGACCUUCCCGUCCGGGUGGAUCAAGACCGCUUCCCUCUCCAGGAAUUAACUCGGGCUCCAACUUACGGGACAACCUGCCUCCCCGAGCAUCGUCGUCAAUGUCAAUGUACGGGCAGUCGAACAUGCAGCCUCAGUCGCCUGAAAAAGAUCGACCUCGCGCCAGCAGCUCCUUGUCAAACCAUCGUCCAUUCGACCCUCGAAUAUCGCUGGGAAGUUCAGCUGGGCGUCCGUUGGUCCAGGAACCAAGGACAGUCCCGAUCCGCAAGACUGUAUCACCUGCUCAAGUCUUCACACGCCCAUCCCCCCCCUCCCCCAAUGCAACAUACCGUGAGAGUGGCCAGCGACGGAUAGAAAAAGAGGAAGCCCGCUCCCUGCGCGAUGCAUUGCAGGGGGUAGAUCUAAAUGAUGAGGUUCGCCUGCAUCAGGCGGCUCAAGAUGAAGCCACAGAACUAGUUUGGAUGCAUCAGAACCCUGGAAUACCUUUCAAGAACCCAUAUGCACCUUAUCACAAUCCUGAUCUCGAUCGAUUGUCCCAGUCCCCCAAAAAUGCUGGGCUUUCUCCGACCCAUGCGGAGCGAUCUGGUGGCCCCAGGAAUGGUCACCGGCUUGCUUCAGAAAGCUCUCCCGAGAGCCAUUUUGCCGAUACUCGGGGACCGGGCGCAGGACUCAUCCAUGAUAAACAACGGCAAUCUAUCAUAGAUGACACAAACAACAGCCCUACAAAAUCCGCAUUCUCACGAAGAGGCCUCAAGGUCGGCUUUGCAUUGCCUGUUGAGGAAUCACCUCCCAAAAGCGAGCUCAAUGAUAACAGGUUCUCGAAAGGGAUCUUCAGAAAUCCUCGUGAUUCAAUAUACGAAGAACCAAAGGACCCUCACAAGGGUGACGACGGUCGGCCAGCUUUCUCCAGAUCCGAAUCUUCGGCUCUUAAAUCCAAACCGCGCAAUGCACUCCCUCGUGGUUCUCGGCCUCUUCCAGGACGAUUGAGCAGUCUUCCGUUUGUUGACAAACUGUCCCGGUUUGAACUACACAAGCGACCUCCGACCCAGUCGACAAAUCCAGAGUACAGGACAAAUGAGUCGCUUGAACAGGCGGCUUCCAGUGCAGGUGCUAGAGAAGAACCAGGCAACCCCACAAAAAAUGGGGUCGAAGUUCGCAGCGAUGACAUCCGAGCGGCUACCAGUAAAAAGCUCAAGGAUCGAAGCACAAGACUACCCAUGCCAACCGCCGUAAGUGAUCGAGUAGGCCGACCUAUCGUGAGCUUUGACCCAACUUGGAAACCGACCGAAGUACAAUCGACUUCGAAACGAGACAGCCUGAAGCAGGAGUCGACCUCUCCGACACCACCACCACAGCCGACUACCCCCACAAUUGAAGUCUCUGAGGCAGCAACUAUACCCGUCAUCAAUCUCCCUGACGACAAGGAACCCACUAUUUCGGAGAUGACAGGAUCAUCGCGGAGCGGGAAGGAUAAUACCAGGCCACUGCCGAACCCUACGAGCGCAAGAAACCACUCGCAUCAUUCUCCGAAGAAACCUGCACCGAGCCAACAGAAACGUUGGUUGUCAACCUAUACGCGCUCCGGUGUCCCUACCGCGAAAUGCGAAUCCUGCUCUCUUCCGAUUGCAGGAAAGAUUGUCACGGCGGGCGGAGCACGGUUUCACCCGGAGUGUUUUGUGUGCCACCAUUGCCAAACUCCUCUGGAAUGUGUUGCCUUCUAUCAAGAACCUGAUGCAAAACGGACUGAGCGAUUGGCAGAAGCGUCAAGACACGAUGAGGAAGCGCGCGUGCUGCGCUUCUACUGUCAUCUUGACUUCCAUGAACUGUUUAGUCCUAGGUGCAAGAGCUGCAAGACUCCGAUUGAGGGCGAGAUUGUUGUAGCCUGCGGGGCUGAGUGGCAUGUUGGACACUUCUUCUGUGCCGAAUGCGGUGAUCCAUUCAACUCCCAGACUCCGUUCGUGGAGAAAGAUGGAUUCGCAUGGUGCCUCCAAUGCCACUCCCGCCGCACCGCGCCUCGAUGCCUCGGCUGUAAGCAGCCCGUUCUUGACGACGUUGUGAUUAGCGCCGUUGGAGGCCAAUGGCAUGAUCAGUGUUUUGUCUGUCAUGAAUGCGGUGACGGCUUCGGUGGUGAUGGCCGCUAUUUCGUGCGAGAAGGUGAGCCCAAACGGACAUCCAAAGGUCGGAUCAUUGGAGGCCCAGUCCAGCUGGCUGUUUGUGAGAGAUGCGAGAGCAUCCGCCUCAAGGCCUCGCCCAAGUGA